AUGACGCGGCCUCAUAGCAACCAUUGGAAAGGGCAAGGGCCGUCGUAUCGUGACUAUUCCAGCAACUCAACCUCGGCCCUGGAGGACUUCGGCGCAUUCGUCGCCGUGGCCUUCAACUCGCUGCUCCGCUUCUGGAGGGAGCGCGGUCGUCAUAUGGUGUAUGCAGCCGCUCUGUCUCUGGCUCAUCGACUGCGGCGGAACCUUACCUACGACCGCCUCCUGAGCUUCCCGCACUUGCUCGUCGCCAUAUGGGUCGUGGUGCUAUUAUGGGGUGAAAGAUGGGUAUUUCACUCCAAGGUUGAGAGCUGUCAGUGGGAGAAUUGGGAGAACUGGCCUGCCGGAGCAGACCCUCAUCGCGUUGUUCUCGUGGCUGACCCUCAGCUCAUCGACCCUCACUCAUACCCCGGUCGCCCGUGGCCGAUCAAUCAGCUGACCAUGCUAAUCACGGACAACUACCUUCGGCGGUCUUACAACCAGCUGCAGUGGCAGUUGAAUCCCGACAGCAUCUUCUUCUUGGGCGACCUGUUUGACGGCGGCAGGGAGUGGGUCACGGCCCAUGGCAAGUUCGAAGACCCGGAAUGGGGGCCCCAUCCCAAAAACGAACAGAAAUACCUGAAGAAGUGGCAUAAAACAUACCGCGAGGCAUAUUGGCUGAAGGAGUAUGCUAGAUUUGGCGAUAUCUUUCUCAACCCUUGGGUAAAAGCAGGGGCCGCACUUGGUGUCACGCAAAAGAGGAGAAAGCUCGUUGCCAGCUUGCCCGGGAACCAUGACCUAGGAUUUGGCGCUGAAAUCAAGGUGCCGGUGAGGAAUCGAUUUGAAACCUACUUCGGCGAGGGCAACCGGGUCGAUGUCAUCGGAAAUCAUACAUUUGUGUCCGUCGACACUGUCUCUAUGAGCGCAGCUUCCUCGGACGAGGCUAGGCGGCAUGACCUGAAGGAGAUUUACGGGCCCGUUGAGCAUUUCCUCGUCAAUGUCAGGGAAGCGAAGCAGAAGGCGGUUGAAAGGGAGCUGCGGUUUCUCCGGGGCGAGUCGCAGGACCUGGCCCAGUUCAAGCACAAAAUCCAACAGCUGACUACUAAAGUCAGAGUCAAAGCCAAAUCUGACGACAAACCGACCUCUGGCAACAACGGGCCAGAAUUGCCAACUAUCCUGUUGACCCACGUCCCACUGCACCGGCCGCCUGGAACUCCCUGCGGCCCGCUUCGUGAACGAUGGCCGCCUACCAAACCCGCCAAGGGACAGACGCAACCCGUGUUCCCAGAUCACCGCAAUGCAAUCUCCGUCUCGCGAGGCUAUCAAUACCAAAAUGUCCUCGGCGAAAAGGACUCUGAAAACUUGAUCAAGAAAGUCGGCAAUGUUGUCCACGCUUUCUCAGGCGACGAUCACGACUACUGCGAGGUCACGCACUCACCGGAACAGGCGAACGUCCGCGAGAUCACGGUCAAGAGCAUCAGCAUGGCCAUGGGCGUGUCUGAGCCCGGCUUUUUGCUCGUCAGCCUGUAUAACCCGAUUGACGACAAAGGGAACCCCCUGUACCCGGACUCGGGCAAGCCAACGCUGCAAACGCACCUGUGCCUGCUUCCGCGCCAGGUUUCCACCUACAUCCGCUACGUCAGCUUCGCGAUCUUUUGCAUUGCCCUCCUCGUCAUCCGCGCCUUCCUCGUCCCGCUGCUCAAGCUGAAACCCUUCGCACUCGCUCCCGCCGAGCCCGGGUUCCCUGCUACAGGGCGGGGAAUUUUACCCGUCUUCAAAGCCAAGAUUGAGGAUUACGAUGAGUAUGCCCUGCCGGGGACGCCCACCACGGCGUCAUCCCAUUCUUGGUACGGCCACGCCAACGGCCACGGCACGCGUGAUCGCAGCGGGAGUGUGAAUGCGUCGAAGGAGGGCAUGGGAGUACGUGGGCAUGAGCAUCAUGCGGACAGAAAAAGCCAUAGUAAUACCCAUGGCUACGCCAAUGGCGGGCGCGUGCACCGUGAGAAAGGGCCGGGAAAGAAAUGGGCCUCCUGGGGAACAGGUCCCGGCAAGGCCAGGGCUGCCCCGAGGAUUGAGAUCCCGGGUGAGGACGAGGAGGAAUAUAGUUACUAUAAUGCUGGCAAGUGGAAGGUCAAGGGGAGACAAGGUCCGCAGCUCCCCAGGUCGGCUGUCACGGUUGUGGUUACCGAGCUGUGGACCACCGUCUGGAGGGUUACGUGGAUGGUGGUGUUGGUGUUUGGCUGGCUGACAUGGAAGGGUUGA